AUGCUGUUGUUGCCAGAUCCUAAUCAGUCAGCCCUUCCUACUUUAUCUAAUAUUGCAACAUGUACACCAGAGGUCUUUGGCAUACAACCAUGUCAAUGGCAGCUUCAAGUGGUAGAGGCAAUAAUGAAAGGAGGAUGCAAUGUCCUCUGUAUCGCUGGCACUGGAAUGGGGAAGACCCUGACCUUCUGGAUGCCUCUUCUAUUUUUGCCAGCUGGUAUUCAGAUCAUCAUCACUCCUCUGAACCUACUAGGGAAACAAAAUGUAAUGUCCCUGGUCAAGGCUGGCAUACAGGCAAUUUCAAUUAGCUCUGAAAUGGCCACACCUGCAAAUUUUCAGGCUAUCAGCACCUUCCAGUAUAGGGUGGGCAUCAUCAGUCCCAAGCAACUCAUGCAGCCAGAGGGGGGUUUUGAGAAGUUGUUGAAGAAUCCCCUAUUUGUGUUGUGGAUCAUCAGUAUUGUGAUUGAUGAAGUGCACUGCCUUACUGAGUGGGGGGAAUUUUUCCCAGAAUACCAAGAGCUUGGAUGA